AUGAGAACGAGCCCAAGAUCUCCGAGUGAUUUGGGAACCGGACUUGGAAAAGAACCGCUCAGUCAACCUCGGCGUGUCGGCUCAUCAUCAUAUAUAUCAAAUUCGACACCACCCAGAUCAGGGGGCCUCAGCCACCGCCCAUCCCCAUCUCCUCGGGAGGACCCUGAGUCCCCCGCCGGCAGCCAUACUUCAUCUGGACCAGUCUCGGAAAUUGGGUCUGAAAUCGUCGUUCAAUCCGGAGACAUGGAACUCGAUGGCCCAGGUCUAGAAGAUUCAGAUAUGGGGUCUUCAACCACCUCGCUUCAUGCUGAGUAUACCGGGGCACCACCAGCUCCUUCGACUACUUCAAGUCACCUUCAAACUGGUCACCGCUCACUCGAAUCACCUUUGUCCCACGUGUCGGAUCAGUCCGAAUUAUCUUCAAUCCCGCCAUCCGUGUCUAGCAAAGCUACCACCCCUGUCGACUCGGAAGCGAUAAGGGAACUUGUUAUCCCGCGUCCUCGGAACCUAUCCCCAGCCUCCCCCCCGGCCUCCCCGCAGCCCACCCCUCGUAGGGCAUUCGACAUUAAGCCGAGAUCGUCGAUACCUGCGGGAAUGGACGAUGUUACAUAUGCAACACAGUGUCUCCGUGCUGCGGAACACUCGAGACUUGAUCCGUACUCCCUGCACGAGGGGGAAUACCGGUUGCUGCGGCAGCACAUCACGCAAGCGCAAGUGACCACAUAUCUCCAGAUCAGAAAUGGCAUUCUGCGUCUAUGGUACUCGAACGUCAGGAGGCCAGUGACCCGUGAAGCAGCAGUGGGAUGUGCGGCCCACGCGCGAUGGUUUGACAUGGCCAGCGUCUGCUUUGACUGGCUUCUGCGCCACGCCUACAUCAACUACGGCUGUGUGGAGUUCCCCCCGGCUCCCACGAUCUCAACAGAGAACCCUUGCAACCGAAAGAGGAAGACGAUCGUGGUCAUCGGCGCGGGCAUGGCUGGCCUUGGCUGCGCACGGCAAAUGGACGCCCUGGCCAAGCAAUAUUCCGACCAACUUGCGGAGCGCGGCGAGCUGCCGCCCAAAAUUGUUGUCCUCGAAGGUCGACGCCGCAUUGGGGGCAGGGUGUACUCGCGCGAGUUUCAGACAAAACCGGAGACACCCUUGCCAGGGUACGACGGGCAGCGGCAUACUGCCGAAAUGGGGGGGAUGAUUAUCACGGGAUUCGAGCGCGGGAACCCGGUUAAUGUUCUUGUUCGAGGACAGCUGGGCCUCCCAUUCCGAGUCCUGAAAUCGGAUACCACACUGUACGACUCCAAUGGCCGUCCCGUGGAGCCACUCAGAGAUGAUCGAGUGGAAAAGCUUUAUAAUGAUUGUCUCGAUCGCGUUAGCGAAUUCAAGUUCAAAACACAACCCUCCAAGCUCAUCAGGGGCAAUUUACAACUUAUCCAGACGGGUCGUGAGAUCACGAGUGAUGGGACCAGGACCAUUAGCGAGCAGGAAGAGGCCCUGGCGGCUCUUCCACACGCACCGUCUGUUUCGGAGCAGAACGUACCUGAGCGGGUGAACCGCGUUCCAGUCUCCUCUGACAAGUUGACCGGUCGCGUUCACACAGAGCCGGGUACCCCAGCGACCAGCAAAGCUUCAACCAGGGCCUCACAGUUUGGGUGGACAUUAAAGAACAGUGUUCACGAGGACUCGACUGUAGAUCUCUCCCAAGCCGCAUCGAAUCCUGAUGCGACACUGGGUUCCGUGCUCGACGAUGCCAUCGUUCAGUACCGGUCCCUCGUCGACCUUGCCGCUCUAGACCACCGUCUUCUCAACUGGCACAUCGCGAAUUUGGAGUACAGUAACGCUACCAAUCUGUACAAACUCAGCCUUGGCGGCUGGGACAUUGAUGCCGGUUACGAGUGGGACGGUAAGCAUACCAUGGUGGUAGGGGGGUAUCAAGCCGUUCCCCGAGGUCUUGCGGAAUGCCCGACACCCCUCGACUUGAAGACAAAAUCACCGGUUCGGAAUAUCAAAUACGCAACCGGCGAUUCUCCUGCUCCCUGCAUAGUAGAAUGCGAAGAUGGAACCGCUGUUGAAGCCGACAUUGUGGUCUCGACUAUUCCACUGGGCGUUUUGAAGCAAGGCAGCGUUGGCUUCGACCCACCCCUUCCAGAAUGGAAACAGGGUGCCAUCGAACGCAUCGGGUUCGGUGUCCUCAACAAGGUGAUUUUGGUUUACAAAGAACCUUUCUGGGACACUAGCCGACACAUCUUUGGAGUUCUUCGGGACGCUCCCAACAAGCAUAGUUUGAUCCAGAGCGAGUACGCUUCUAGGCGUGGGCGCUUCUUCCAGUGGUUCAAUGUUUCCAAGAUGACGGGCUUGCCUUGUCUCGUGGCUCUGAUGGCUGGCAACGCCGGAUUUGACACGGAGCAUGAGAGCAACGACAGCCUCAUUGAGGAAGCCACCGUUCUUCUACGCAAGAUAUUUGGUCGGAGUGUACCCUACCCUGUGGAGGCGGUAGUCACUCGCUGGGCUUCAGAUCGGUUUGCUAGGGGCAGUUACUCGUCAUCUGGACCCGGCAUGCAUAUCGAUGACUACGAUGCCAUGGCGCGCCCCGUUGGCAACUUAUAUUUUGCCGGGGAGCACACCUGUGGUACACACCCUGCCACUGUCCAUGGCGCAUACUUAUCCGGACUGCGGGCCGCGUCGGAGGUAUGGGAUGCCCUCCUGGGCCCGAUCGAUGUCCCAACGCCCCUCAAGCGUCCCAAAGAAAGCAGGCCGAACAUGACAUCCAAGAUGUGGAGGGCUGCCGGCCCGGAAGAGCGGAAACCCUACGAAGACAAGGCUGGCCAGCUCAAGACGGAACACGCUCGGCUACAAGAGGAAUUCGAGGAAAAGCUGGCCAAGUGGGAUGAGGAGUGUGCCAUCCUGCGGGCCCAGUACGAAAAGGAGCAUUCAUUGACAUCAGACUCCCUUAGCCAGACGCCUGACAAAGGCAGGCGCGGCGGUGGCAGCAGUAGUCCACACAAGAACAAACACCGCAAGACAAGCAGGCCUAUUGAUUAUGCCGAGAGCAGCGAUGACCCUGAUCUCUGA